CCUAUAAAUUUAACAGUUUCAGACUUCAAUUUUUAACUCUUCUUUUCGCCUGUUUCAGUUCCCUGUUCUUCCCCAUUUAACCAUGGAAGUAGAAAGAGUAAAUCUUCGUAAGAAAAGAAAGUGUGACUGGUCGUCGCUUCACAAAGAUCUUUUCGAUUUAAUCACGGAGAAGUUAUGUCCUGCCGAUCUGAUUCAGGCCAGUUGCGUUUGCAGUUCCUGGAGAUCGAUUUCGCCUCCUUUCCAUCUCUGGCUGGUACUCCCCUGCCACAACAUUAUUACCAUUGAAGACGACAGCGACGACAACGAGAUCGGCAUUGAUGGCGAAAGCAAUAGCACCUCCGAUCCUGAAAAAACCCUUGGCUUCGUGGGCUUCGUCAGUCUCUCUCAUCCGAAUCGCAAGGUUCACAAGCUUCAAAUCCCAGAGGCUAAAGGCUGUGAGAUCUUGGGAUCAUCGGCAGGAUGGCUUGUAACAUUGCGUGCCAAUGGAGCGAUUCGCUUACUACACCCAUUCAGCAGAGCCACGAUUCAGCUUCCGCCACUUAAGCUUGCAAAAUUUAUGGGUUCUAUGUUUAAGAUAAGUAAAACAAGUAUAGAAAAGGUUAUCGUUUGUUCAGGCCCAGAUGGUGAAUCGUUAAUCAUGUGCAAGUACGCUGGGAAAUUGGCCUUUUAUAGGCCUGGGAAAGAUCUUAAUUGGGUUGGCUUUAAGCAAUUUCGCGGCGUAAUAGAAGAUAUGGUGGCAUACAAGGGUAGGAUUUAUGGUCUAAGAAUUAGUAGAAACAAAUGCCAUUUAUGUGUAGCUUGUGGCCUCGAUGACCCUUCUCCAACAAUGGAAGAACUCGUGGAAAUUCCAAAGCAUAGUGGUUAUAUACAGUACUAUCUCGUGGAGUCUUCUGGACAUCUGUUGCUGGUUCUGAGGCAUCGUAAUUGGCCUAUUGAUUGUGAUACUAAUGGUUUCACUGUUUUCAGGCUAGAUAUUGGUGGAAUGGUGGAGUUUAAAGACUUGGGUGACCAGGCAUUGUUCUUGGAUUGUAAUAGUGCAUUCUCUGCUUCUGCAUCUGAUUUCCCUGCAAUCAAGGGUAAUCAAAUCUACCUCACCAAUACCUGUUUCCCUGAUGAAAAGUUGGCUGGGCAUUGUGAUAUGGAAGUGUUCAACUUGGAGGAUGAAACCUUUGAAUCUUUUGACCACUGUGAUGAUCCUGACUUGAUUACGCAAGCACCGGUGGUUUUUCCCACAAAUUCAUGUUGGCGAGGUGGAUUGGGUUUCAGGAUGGUAUGAAACUUUGUUGGCAGUACUUCUCCAUACUUCACUU